AUGCCUGGGUUACCCACCAGUAUCGAUCUUGACGAAUGCAUCUCCCAACUCUACAAGAAGAAUCUCCUGGCCGAGUCCUUGAUCGAAGCAAUAUGCGCAAAAGCAAAGGAGAUGCUGAUGAAAGAGAGCAAUGUGGUACACAUUUCUGCGCCGGUGACAGUUGUUGGAGACAUUCAUGGCCAGUUCUUUGACAUGCUGGAGAUCUUCAAGAUUGGAGGCUUCUGUCCAGAUACAAACUAUCUUUUUCUCGGCGACUAUGUUGACCGCGGUCUUUUCAGCGUCGAAACGAUUUCCCUGCUUGUCUGCUUGAAGUUACGAUACCCCCAGCGCGUUCAUCUCAUCCGCGGCAAUCAUGAAUCACGAGGUGUCACACAGUCAUACGGAUUCUACACGGAAUGUGCACGAAAAUAUGGCAAUGCUAAUGUUUGGCAUUAUUUCACCGACAUGUUUGACUUCCUUACCUUGAGCGUGGUCAUCAACAACCAGAUCUUUUGCGUCCACGGUGGCCUGUCACCUUCAAUUCAUUCAAUCGACCAGAUCAAGAUCAUUGAUAGAUAUCGGGAGAUACCGCAUGAAGGACCCAUGGCGGACUUGGUCUGGUCAGACCCGGAUCCAGACCGGGACGAAUUCUCCCUCUCACCACGAGGCGCAGGCUACACGUUUGGAGGGGAUGUGGUCAAGAAAUUCCUACAGGUCAACAGCAUGUCACAUAUCCUUCGGGCUCAUCAGUUGUGUCAGGAAGGCUAUCAGAUACUGUAUGAUGACCGGCUCAGCACUGUUUGGAGUGCCCCCAACUAUUGCUACCGAUGUGGCAAUCUGGCGAGCGUGCUGGAAGUGAGCGACGCCGGAGAUCGGUAUUUCAACAUCUUCGAUGCAGCCCCGGAGAACGACAUGCAUCGCAACGAGCAGCAACAGCAGCAACAGCAGAGUCAAGCAAAGGAUGGUCAAGGGUCUCACAUUGAAUACUUUCUCUAG